AAUCGCUUUCUCACCCCGAAUCAAUACUUGCGGGGUUGAAAAUAAACAUGGCUGAUAGUGAGUUUGAGGAAUUUAGACACAGUUUUGAAAAACUAACAUCGCACAGUAAAAAUCCAGCACCGUUUUAUUCCUUAGUUCAUGAUGUUGUCGUGGAUGAAGAAUCGCCCACGUCUUCCAAGAGCGACCCCGAAACAGACUGUGAUAUCGCAGAGGAGACGAGACUUUCGGGCUCCUCCACAAGCGACAAGAAAGAACCUUCGAGGAGUACUCCGAUUACUCCUUGGACGGGAGAACGGCGGAGGAGGAAACUGCCCGAAAUACCGAAAAAUAAGAAACCUUCUGUGGUCAGUAUGUACAAUGCACAAUACCACGCAUCUCGCGAAAUGUCUCUCGCAGACGAAUUAGGCACUUCAGGGGGCAGUGGACCAAGCUCAAUCUUAGUAUUAAAAUGCGGAUAUCUCUGGGACACAGAUUCCCCCGACUCGGAUCGCCUUAUAACAGACGCCGACAGUGGCCACAGCACAGCCCAUUCUCCCACGGGAACCGAUGGUUUCAAAUCCAUGUCACCCAUCAUGGGCAUAUCUUAUUAUAACGACGUCGAAAUGCUUGAAGCCACCCAUCGAGGACUCCACAAAUUCGUGCCGAGACACGACGACGAAAUCGAGGUCGAAAUUGGGGACCCGAUUUACGUGCAAAAGGAAGCCGACGAUCUGUGGUCUGAAGGGGUUAAUUUGAGGACGGGAAGAAUGGGGAUUUUCCCUUCUGCUUAUGCAGUAGACUGUGAUUACAGCGAUUGGGACUCAUCGUGUGAGCAUGGGAGGAGGGAGAGGUAUUUGUUGGGGUAUUUGGGGUCGGUGGAGACUUUAGCACAUAAGGGGACGUCGGUGGUUUGUCAAGCUGUGAGGAGAGUUAUCGGGAAUUCGGGAAGCGAUCCAGAUUCGCAACCAUGCAUUCUUGAAGUUUCCGAUCAAGGCCUGAGGAUGGUGGAUAGGAGGAAACGAAACCAAAAUGAACCAUGCAUAGAUUACUUCUACUCCCUGAAAAACGUAUCGUUUUGCGCUUUUCACCCCCGAGACCAUCGCUAUUUAGGAUUCAUAACAAAACACCCAACUUUUCAACGGUUUGCAUGUCAUGUCUUUCGAGGAACUGAUUCGACCAGGCCUGUGGCUGAAGCAGUAGGGCGUGCCUUCCAAAGGUUCUACCAGAAGUUUAUUGAGACUGCUUAUCCCGUUGAAGAUAUCUAUAUUGAAUAAUUCCUGUAGUGCAAUAACAGUGUAAAUACUACAUACAUUUAACGCUGUGUCGUCAAUAAAACAUAAUAAUUUUA